CAUGGUAAACCCUAUAAGUCAGAGACGUAGAGUAGGUGAGUUCUUCAUUGUCAACAUCUACCCUGUUCAGACUAUACUCUCCUGUCUCUCUCUCUCUCUCCCUCCGUCAACUCAAUCCAUCCAUUCUACCAGGGCUCCAUCAGGAUGGUGUCAGCUGGGUUACAGAUGCUGGGCACGGCCCUGGCGAUCAUUGGCUGGCUGGGAAGCAUCAUCAUCUGUGCUCUGCCCAUGUGGAAGGUGACAGCUUUCAUCGGAGCCAACAUCGUCACCGCUCAGGUCAUCUGGGAAGGGUUAUGGAUGAACUGUGUGACCCAGAGCACGGGACAGAUGCAGUGUAAGGUCUACGACUCCCUCCUGGCCUUACCUCAGGACCUGCAGGCCGCCAGGGCUCUGAUCAUAAUCGCCAUAAUUGCCGGCGUGUUUGCCAUCCUGCUUGGCAUCGCCGGCGGGAAGUGCACCAACUUCGUGGAUAACGAGAGGUCCAAGUCCAAGGUAGCCAUCGCUAGCGGAGUCGUCUUCCUCAUUGCUGCCCUUCUGGUUCUGGUCCCUGUCUGCUGGUCGGCCAACACCAUCAUCCGAGACUUCUACAACCCCCUUUUGGUCGAGGCCCAGAGAAGGGAGCUGGGAGCCUCACUCUACAUCGGCUGGGGCUCCGCAGGGCUGAUGAUCCUGGGCGGGGCGCUCCUCUGCUGCUCCUGCCCCCCCAAAGAUGAGAACCUCAAUGUCAAGUACUCCAAGGCUGCUAGUUCCGUGGCUGGCAGCAGCAGGGCCUACGUCUACAAGCAGCUAGAGAGACAGUGUGUUCUCUCCUCUGCCCCCUCUAACAUGGUCUCUCUGGGGAUCCAGAUGCUGGGCAGCGCCCUGAGCCUGCUGGGCUGGGUGGGGGUCAUCCUGACCUGCAUCCUGCCCAUGUGGAGGGUCACGGCCUUCAUUGGAGCCACCAUCAUCACGUCUCAGACCAUCUGGGAGGGGAUCUGGAUGAGCUGCGUGGUCGAGAGUACGGGCCAGAUGCAGUGUAAACCAUACGACUCCCUCCUGGCCCUGUCCUCCGACCUCCAAGCCGCCAGAGCGCUCACCGUCCUCGCCAUCGCCACGGGCACCGCCGGGCUCCUACUGGCCUUCGUCGGGGGGAAGUGCACUCGGUUUCUGGACGAGCAAGGUGGCGGGGUCAAAGAACGGGUUGCCGUGACAGCGGGCGCGGUGUUGAUCGCCACGGGGGUGCUGUGCCUUAUCCCCACUUCGUGGGCUGCUGGGGCGGUGGUGCAGGGGUUCUACAGCUCCGCCACCGAUGCCCAGCGGAGGGAGAUCGGGGCGUGUCUAUACAUCGGCUGGGGGGCAUCCAUCCUUCUCAUCCUGGGAGGGGGGCUGUUCAUCAGCUCCUCCUGCCCCCUCAGGGCCCACGAUGAGGAUAAGAGCCCCUCUGUUCGCUACCUGGUGGUUCGCUCUUCCAACGGAGCUGCCUCCAGCCAGGCAGCAGCCUCCCAGCACAGCAGGGGACCGUCCACAAAGUCCCAGGCCAACGGCAAAAUGGCCUUUACCAGGUCUCACAGCAGCCAGGCAGCAUCUGCCAAGUCUCAGCCCUGGGGAGUGGUGAAAACCAGGCCUCCCUGGGAGGAGUACGGGCUAGGUAUGGUAGAGCAGGACUACAUGCCGGGAUCUGGGGGGAGUAAGGCACCAUCUACAAAGUCUCAGUUGAAAAGACUGGAGUCUCAGGAGAGUUUGGCAGAAAAGUCUCAACCCAGCGAGGAUGAAUCCUUAAACCCAACUAAGACCUAUAUCUGAGACCACACACACACACACACACACACACACACACACACACACACACACACACACACACACACACACACACACACACACACACACAGAGAGAGAGAGAGCAUGGUUUAUGGAAAAUAUGGACAUUAACUAUGCCUUGUUUACUUGUUUAUUUGUUUUGUGUGUAAAAAGUGAUAUUAGACAUGUGAAUAUCUGCUGAAGGAUAUAACUGGCACUGAAAGGUUUUCUCUUUAUUAGCUGGGUUUGUUUAUGACAUGUAAAAGCUGUUCCAUGUGUUGUUACUGUAAUAAUGUAUGUAAAGAAAAGUCUACUUCCCUUGAUGUGAAUAUGUUUUCAGUCCCUUUAACAAUGACCAGACAUAUAGAGUAAGACUAUUGAUUAGUGUUUAUAUGAAGCUUCUUGGUUCUGCAGUUUGUUUUCGUAGCAUCAUUUUGACACAUUUAAAAAUACCAUUUCCUUUUUAUGUAGCUCUUUUACGUGACAAAACUCAGAAUUAGUUCAAUAUGAAUUAGUAUGUGACCAGCUACGCUAUGGAAAGCCCCAGCCGGGUUAAACCAGUUUGACAGAGAGUGAGUUGAGCUCACACCAAUGGUUUGCAUUGUGUUAGGGAGCGAUAAAAUGUGGUGUUCUAAAUGGCACCCUAUUGCCUAUACAGUGCACUACUUUUGACCAGGGCUCAUAGGGAAUAGGUUGCAAUUUGGGAUGCACCUUGUGAUGUUCGUGAAGGAUUCAAAUGUGAGUUUCACCAGAUCAUGGACAUGUGACGUCUGGGUUUUGUUUAUUAAAAUACAGAUGUUUUCCUGUU